UCAAGCCUUGCCCCUUGUGGUGGCCAGAUAUCUCUUUCAAGCUUCAGAUUGUGAAAGGUUCCUGGGUGAGUGGGUCUCUGUCCCCAUCUCCAGGGACUUUUGGAUGGGACGUUGCUCUGGAAGGAGCCAUGGACCUCUGGCUUUGGUCACUUCUCUUCCUGCCAGUGGCUGUGGCUCUGAGGAACCUCCCAGAAGUAAAGCUGGAGGGAAUACUGGGUAGCUCCGUUACCAUUGAAUGCCCACUUCGUCAAACGUAUGUGAGGUUAUAUCUGUGCCGGGAAGUGCCUGAAUUUGGAGUAUGUUCCACCGUGGUGUCCAGCAAGAAUUUUGUCAAGGAAGAAUACAAGAACCGAGUCACCCUGACGCCAUAUCCAGAUGAGAAUGUGUUCCUAGUGGAGGUGACAGAACUGACCAAGAGUGACGGCGGAGUCUAUGCCUGUGGGACAGGCACGAACACAGACCGGGGCAAGACCCAGCUAGUCACCCUGAGUGUUCACAGUGAAUAUGACCUAUUCUGGGAAGACGAACUGAUGCCUGAAUCUCCAAGAUGGCUUAAUAAACUUCUACAUAGGCAGGUGCCCCCUUGGCUCCAGAUGGCUGCACAUGCCAGUUCUCUCGAAUUCAUACCUAAAGCUACUACACCAGCUCAAAGGACUGAGGCCCCUCCAGCAACCCACCCCUCCUCCACCACCCGAAUCUCUCACCGCCCUCGAGUUUCCAGAGCAUCUUCAGUAGCAGCUACCAAGCCCCCAACCUUCCUGCCAUCCACCACAACCUCAAAGACCUCAACCCCCGUGGGACUCCGUAGGCUCCAGACGGCCGGCUACAACUACCACACCAGGCUGCACAGGCAGAGAGCCUUCCACAAGGGUCCGGUGUCUGGGAUGGAAGACCAAGGAUUUCACAUCCUGGUGCCCACCGCGCUGAGCCUCAUCCUGCUGACGCUGGUGGGGCUGUUGGUGAAAAGGGCCAUUCAAAGGAGUAAAGGUGAGCGGCUCGGGGCUCGGUUAGGGCGAGCCACACCCUCACCCCAUCUCCCUGUGCCCUUAGGUGAGCUGGAGGCGCCUCUCCCAGGCCCUGCCCCGUCAGCACCCUCUGCCCCGCCGCAGGUAUCUGAAGCCCUCUCGCUCCACUCCCCGUCUCUGAAGACCAGCUGUGAAUAUGUGAGCCUCUACUACCAGCCUGUCAUCAAAGCAGAGAACAGUGAUUCAGAUGACUAUGUCAAUAUUCCUCAUGUGUCCAGCUGUCCCCCUGGGCCCAGUCCUUGGUGCCAAUGAGUCUUGUCUCUCUGCUGCUUUCCAAUAGCUGCUCUGUUUUCAGAGCCCUUAUUACCUCCCAUAGUAACCUUAAGUCUUGUUCCUGUCUCUCCUGAGCAUAGCUCUGUACCCCCUCCCAGCUCUUCUUGCCACCUGUGCAGCCCCCUGUGGUUUUCAGGUGGGCUCUGGGCAUGCAGAGCAUUUGUGCCCAUGCUACCUGCUUCCUUUCCAAGCCAUGGGGUUUGCAGAGGGUCUUUGAUCACAGGGUCUUUGCUGCCCUGGCUCUAGAUAUGGUAUCAGACCAGAGGAUAGAUGUAAGUGAGACUCUCAGUCUUGAGCCUCGUAUCAGUCAAAGGCCCCCUGAACCACCUCAUGAGGGCAUGCCUCACUCCUAUGAGGUAGGCAGGGGCCUGGUAUGAAAUGCCCCUGGCAACAUCUUUGCCCUGAUCUUAGGGCUGGCUCUUACUAGUGAGCUUCUAGUCAUCUUGAGUCCUAUGGUAAGGACAUUUUAUUUUGAGAUGAUAAUAAAGGUUAUAAAUUUUCAGAA